UCAGUUUAUUACAACAGCUAGGGUUUUAUCACUGAUCCUGCUGUAUAUUUUAUCUCCUGCCUCUAAUCUCAAAUCGCGGCUAGGGUUUUCUCUCAUCUGGUAAAUUUUAUAGUUUUGUUCGUGGAAAGAACAGAUACUCGGAAAUGAGUAAGCUUCAGAGUGACGCCCUCAGGGAAGCUAUUUCAACCAUAGUAGCUCAGUCCAAGGAGAAGCAACGUAAGUUUACCGAGACCAUUGAGCUCCAGAUUGGGUUGAAAAACUAUGAUCCCCAAAAAGACAAGCGUUUCAGUGGCUCCGUUAAGCUGCCACACAUUCCUCGCCCUAAAAUGAAGAUCUGCAUGCUUGGAGAUGCUCAACAUGUUGAAGAGGCAGAGAAAAUAGGUUUGGAUUAUAUGGAUGUUGAAGCACUUAAGAAGCUUAACAAGAACAAGAAGUUGGUGAAGAAGCUUGCCAAGAAGUAUCAUGCUUUUUUGGCUUCUGAAUCUGUCAUCAAGCAGAUCCCUCGUCUCUUGGGUCCUGGUCUCAACAAAGCAGGAAAAUUCCCCACCCUUGUCACUCACCAGGAAUCACUCGAGUCCAAGGUGAAUGAGACCAAGGCAAUGGUUAAGUUCCAGUUGAAGAAGGUGCUUUGCAUGGGUGUCGCCGUUGGGAAUGUAGCCAUGGAGGAGAAGCAGAUAUUCCAAAAUGUGCAAAUGAGCGUCAAUUUCCUUGUUUCAUUGUUGAAGAAAAACUGGCAAAAUGUGAGGUGCCUCUACUUGAAGAGUACAAUGGGCCCAUCAAACAGGAUCUUUUGAAUUCACAUUUACCUUUCUGAUAAGAGUUUUAAUCAGAAUGCUUAAAGUUUCUGUUAUGUUUUUUUUUGUUGGAUCUUAAAGCAGCUUUGAGCUUGAGACAUCGGAAGUUUUUUAUUUUUAUUUUGCAUAUGAACAUAAAUGUUGAUUCA